GACAGCAGUGGCCUCAGGCGUUUGCAAGUAUCAUAUAAGUACCGGAGUUUCUCUUCUUUUAAACUCGCUCUUCCACAGACCAUCAUCACGUCCCCUUUCUGACCGGAGAGAGGAGACUGACAGACUGCAGCGAUGGCUUUGCCCGGCGUGUGCAUGAGCAUCCUUAACGCCCGUAACACGAAAAACGGCUACGGGACCUUCGCCAAACCCGAGCCGUUUCUCAACCAAGACUACGAGCAGCUGAAACAGUAUUGUCUCAUCCAAGGGGUGAGGUUCAUCGACAAAAUGUUCCCCCCCGACCAAAGGUCCAUCGGAGGAGACGUACUCAAACCUGCUGACUUGAGCCGAGUGGAGUGGCUCAGACCCGCGAAACUGGUUCCAAAGCCAUCUUUUGAAGUUGACGGGAUCUCCAGGUUUGACUUUGGUCAAGGAAUCGUUGGAAACUGCUGGUUUCUCGCGUCUAUCGGAUCUCUGACGUUCCAGCAACAAAUCUUUCAGCAAGUUGUUCCUCUUGAGCAAAGGUUUGAUGAGAAAUACUGCGGGCUGUUCCACUUCAGGUUUUGGAGAUUUGGGAAAUGGGUGGACGUCGUUAUUGACGAUAAGUUACCAACGAUUAAUGGCCAACUGAUCUUCGUUCAGUCCAGUGACCCGACUGAGUUCUGGCCUGCUCUGCUCGAGAAGGCCUAUGCCAAAGUGUGUGGCUCUUACUCAGACAUGAAUUCAGGAACCCCUGAUGAGGCUUUGGUGGACUUCACCGGAGGUGUUCACAUGUGCAUUGAACUGCAAGACCCUCCCGGAGACCUUUGGGAACUGAUGUGUAGAGCUGGCCAGUCCAAGUCCCUGAUGGGCUGUGGUACACCACAGGGGGACACAGCCGGCAACGCCGUGUUACCGAAUGGAUUGGUCCAAGGCCACGCCUACGCUGUCACAGGGGUCAAGCAGAUGAUGAGUAAUGGGACACCAGUACAGCUGGUACGUCUGUGGAACCCCUGGGGCGCAACAGAGUGGAACGGAGCCUGGAGUGAUGAGUCGUCUUUGUGGCAAACUGUGAGUCCUCAAAAUCGUGAGAUGUGCCUUUCAAAGGGGGAUGAUGGUGAGUUUUGGAUGAACCUGAAGGACUUCUGUAAAUUCUACUCAUCACUGGACAUCUGCUCCCUGUGUCCCGAUUUCCUGGAUGGAAACUCUUCAUGUCAUUGGAAGACCGCCUUCUAUGAAGGACGAUGGGUUGCAGGAACAACUGCUGGAGGAUCCAUGAACAACUUUGACAGUUUCUGGACUAACCCACAAUAUUGUUUCAAGAUUGAUGAAUUGCUGAGUAAAUGUUCUACGGAACAGGGUGAGAAAAACAUGCUGGUGUCUCUCAUGCAAAAGCCCGACAAGAGAAACAGACGCCUGGUCCAAAAUCUCCACAUUGGAUUCUCUGUGUUUGAGGUGACUGGAGAAUUCAAGGCACAGAGGGGGAAGUUCCCAGCCGCUUUCUUCAGAAGGAACCGACCUGUUGCCCAAAGUAAAAGCUACAAGAACGCGCGUGAGGUGAUGGCGUUCUUUGCACUGAAGCCCGGCGAAUACCUGAUAGUGCCGUCGACCUUCAGUCCAAAUGAGACGGCCUCCUUCAUCCUGACCAUCGUCUCCAAGGGAGAGACCCACGUCCAGGAGAACUCCGGUGGCCACGGUGACGUGCAGCACGAUAUCCAAGAGCCCAACCCCAUCAAGAAUGGAGAGGAGGACGAGAAAAAGAGAACCAUGUUCCGUCAGUACUCUGACAUGUAUGAGGAGGUGGAUGCCGAGAAGCUCCAGAGGCUUCUGAAUGAACACGUCCUGAAAGGAGACAUGAAAUCUGGAGGCUUCAGCAUUGACGCCUGUCGCAGCAUGGUUGCUCUGAUGGACACAUCCAUCACCGGAAAACUGAAUGAUGAGGAGUUUGUUCAUCUGUGGAACAAGGUCGUCGGGUACAAGGAUGUUUUCUUCCGCUCUGAUGUUUCACAAACAGGAACACUUUCCCUGAUUGAGCUGAGGAACGCAAUCACGGCCUCAGGAAACACGAUCAACGAUGAGAUUCUGAACCUGAUGGCGUUGCGCUACGGCGCCUCCUCUGGACACAUCACGCUGGAGAGCUUCAUCAGUCUCAUCCUUCGCUUCGACCGCGUGAACCAAAUCUUCAGACAUUUGUCUAAUGGAAAGGACAUGACUCUUCGUGAACCAGAGUGGCUGUACCUUUCGAUGUACACCUAGAGAAGAUGAACUGCAGGGUUUGUUUGGAAAACUGCCGCCGAUGAUGUAAAAGAAAAUGAAUACCAAGGGUGUUCUUCUGGAAAAUAUAUUUUACGUGUUAUUAAGUCUAUAAGAUUUCAGUUGGACGUGUUGAAAUAAGCAAAUCACUUCGUACUUUACAAAAUAAAUACCUGUUGUAUAUGUUUUACAAAUAUGUAUUUCUUAAAAUCACGGUAUUGGAGACGUAUUGUUAAUUUUCCACAGUAUAGUCAUUAGUAAAACACAUUGGAAAAGAAAACCUGUUAAAACGCAGUAAUUUAAUCACUUAGCAACUAUCUAAACUUACAAGUUUACUUGGAAUGAGUUAUUCAACCACUCCUCUCAGCAAUGCACAAUUGACUGUAAUACAGAAAAGACAUGUUGGCUUUAGAAAGAUCACAAAAGGCAGACAAAAAAAUGUUUAUAUUUUUAUAUAAAAAUAUAUUUCUGUAUUUGCGCUUAUACCCUGAACCCAACGGCCUCUCUGUGUUGAGUUAUCCCCAUGCUGUCGGGAGUUUGUUGGCAUUUCAAACGCAGCCGUCAAAUGAUGGAGA